CAAGCGAAUCGUUUGUCCAUUGGCACUUGAACUCCAAAUUUUUCCUUAUCUUUGCAAAAUGGCUACUUUAUAAGCAAUGAGCUAAUACCGAUAGUAAUAAUGGCGCAGUUAAAAAAAUCUCACUAACUGUCAAUGUACACACAAGAGAGUCUUCCUUCCAGUUUAUAUACUGAAAAAAGUUUUGUUAAAGACAUAUGUGAAAAAUUCAUUUAAUUUAUUAUCAAUUUUUCCUACCCAGUAUUAAAUAUAUAUAUAAAAAAUGAUAAAAAUCUUGUGGACAUUUGGCGUAAUGGCAGUCGUUUUCUCUGCGAAUAAUGUUUUGGGGAAACAUUUAAGCACACAUCACUUAACAUACGAAGAAUUACCAUUAAGUCAGCGACGAUUUUUUAAUAACGUUAGAGCUCUCUUACAAAAAAGACUUAACCAAAAUAUUGUGGCUGAGUCAGAUUGGCCAAGUUUUAAUAAUGCUCUAGAUUCGCCUCAUAAUGCGCUCGCAGAUAAGGACAAUAUAGCGAAAUCUCCUGUCGCUAUACCGACCCCAGUAUUAGUAGAAAAUUGGCCAAAGGUUGCCCAUCGUUUUGGCCAAGUGACUGCAGUUUCAAUAGAUCCGUAUGGAAAUCCAGUUAUAUUUCAUCGGGCUGAUCGAUUUUGGGACUCAAACACCUUCAACGAAACCAAUAAUAUUUUUUACUACAUUGAAAACGGACCAAUUAAAGAAGCAACCAUUUACACUUUGGAUGCAAAAACUGGCAGUAUUUUAUCGGGCUGGGGCGAGAACAUGUUCUAUUUACCGCACGGUUUAACCAUCGACACGCAUGGAAAUUAUUGGAUAACUGAUGUUGCGAUGCAUCAAGCCUUUAAGCUGAGAGCAUCUGAACCACAACCUCUGAUAACGAUUGGUACUCCUUUUCGGCCAGGAUCAUCAGUCAAGCAUUUAUGUAAGCCCACUUCCAUAGCCGUUGCUACAACCGGAGAGUUUUUCGUGGCGGAUGGCUAUUGCAAUCAAAGAAUAUUGAAAUUUAAUGCUGCUGGACGUUUAUUACGCAUCAUUCCCCAACCUCCAGAAUUCCUUUCGCUACAAGUACCCCAUGCGAUUACUUUAUUGGAGCGCUUAGAUUUACUGUGUAUAGCUGAUCGUGAAAACAUGCGCGUGGUUUGUCCAAAAGCUGGACUAAAAUCAUCUAAAGGUGAAGGUCAGCCAGCGGCAACCAUUCAAGAACCUGACCUAGGUAGAGUAUUUGGUGUGGCGGCCUAUGAUGAUAUUGUUUAUGCCGUUAAUGGUCCCACCUCAAUGCUACCUGUACGCGGCUUUACCAUUAAUCCGAAAUCGGAAACCAUCAUUGGCCAUUGGGGUAAAUUUAAGAAUCCUCAUUCCAUUGCUGUAUCUGGCAACACAUCGACGCUUUACGUAACCGAAAUCGGUAGUGAUUAUCAAGCAAACCGUAUUUGGAAGUAUGUAUUGGUUUAAAUAGAACGACUAAAAUUAUUUAAGACGAGCAUCUACGUUAAUGUAUGUUAAUCGCUAUCCUGAGUAAAGAUAGUAGACCGUUAAUGUUAUUUAUAUAUAUAUAUAUAUAGAUAUAGAUAUUAUACAUAAAAAUAUGUAUAUUACGCAUAAAUGUAGUGAAAAAAUGUUGCACAAAAAAUAUACACGCCUAUAAAAUAAUAUACACACACUCACCUGCAUACAUUAAUAUAUAUGAAAGUAAAAUGAAAAUCUUACACUCAUGACCAGCAAGACGCAACCAGAGUUUCAAUCCAAGACAUCGAUUGCGAGCUUGGUUUGCACACGAUUUCUCUUUAAACACCAAAGGCACGAAUAUUAAACAAACCACAAACGCUUUCAACAUCAUUUCUUGUAACCUUCUCAGCUUUGAGCUAAAACAUGCAGCCUAGAAUAUAAAAAUAGCUAUUCUAGAAGAAAUAAUAAGAAUUCCGCAAUGCUCUCUUUACACACUGGAAAAUCGCAACUUGUUUUUAAAUAAAAAAAAAAAAAAACUUAUCAAAAAUGCGAUGUGAAGCCGUGAUGAUUUAUGAAUGAAAGAUAAACAUGGGUGAAUAUCAGAAAUAAAUACUAACUUGGCCAUCCCGUCAGACAUGUAUAAGGUGUCACACGUAGUUUGAUCAAAAAACAUACGGAAUUGUUAAAUUAUGUCUAUUGUCCCGGUUACGUUAUGAAAGGAAAAUAUGAAUUUCUGAAAGCUAAGCAAAACCAGAAAUGCGGAGACUACCUCUGGAGCCUCCCAUGGAAUCUAUCUGAAAAAUGUGUGAAAAACUAUGUUGCGUAAUAAAAGAAUCAAUAUUAGAAGUGGCGCUUAAGAAGCAAUGAUUUUAUCAGCAUGUAAACCCGCGAUCACUGACUUAGUUAUCGCAUUUUCUAUCUAUUUGGCUACUCCUGCGGAAACGUGUACUAUGCGAAUGCUAAAGCUUCGCAAUGUCUAACUCUAUGAGCAUCUUGAAUGCAUCUGGGAAACAUAAUAUCAUUAAAAUAUUUAAUUUUUUUAUAAUGACUGGGCUAAGUAGCUAGU